AUGGGUAUUUUCAUUCUUCCUAAAAAGAUUAUUAGAGCUAUUGAACAAAAGUUCAAUAGAUUUUUAUGGAAUGGGAAUGAAGAAGGUGUAGCUAAAGCAAAGGUUUCUUGGUCUGAUCUCUAUUUUCCUAAAAAGGAGGGAGGUUUGGGUUUAAAGAAGCUUGAUAUUUGGAAUCAAACUUCUAUGCUUAGGCAUAUCUGGAGUAUUUUUGCUAGGUCUGGUUCUAUUUGGGUUGCCUGGUUUAGAGAAAAUCUAUUAAAAAGAAGGAGUUUUUGGAGUGUAGGUAUUCCUCAGAAUUGUUCAUGGAGUUGGAGAAAAAUUUUAAAGCUGAGAUCUAUUGCUAAAAGGUUCUUGAAGUUUGAAGUUGGGAAUGGGGAUAGCAUUCAUAUGUGGCUGGAUUUGUGGCAUCCGGUAGGAGUUUUGAUUGAGCAAUAUGGCUUCAGGGCCAUUUAUGAUGCUCAAAGUAAUAUUAAAGCUAAGCUGUCUUCUGUCAUUUGCAAUGGAGAUUGGUUCUGGAGACCAGCAAGAUCAGAAGCUCUAGUUGAUAUUCAAGUUAGGCUUUCUGAAGAUAGGCUACUUACAGGGGAGAGGUUACUCAAAUGGGGUUAUAAGGGUGAGCUGGGUUGCAAUAAGUGGGGAAAUAACUCUCUUAAAUGCUUGAUAUGUCAAUUGGUUCUUGGUUCUGUUGUUUAUAAUCUCUGGCAUACUAAAAAUGAACUUAGACAUGAUGGUGUUCCAAAAACUGAAAAACAGUUAUUGAAGCAGAUUUUCUGGGAAAUCAGGGCUAGAAUUGCUAUAAAAAGAGGUUUUCCUAGAACUAGGGAGAACCUUUUGUUGUGUUCAUUGUGGAACUUGUCUUCUGCCAUCCUCUGUAAUGUUGGCUUGUAG